AUGGUGAUCUCGGUCGGCAGUCACCGCCGCUCUAUACGCGAUGCCGUGCUCGGCGGGCGUCGCGAGCUGUACAAGCCCCUCCGCUGUGCCUCCUUCUACGACGGCGACGCGGGAGGCGGGAUUCCCAGCGACGGCCUCGCCGCCGCGCUCUCCGAAGCAACUGGGAGCGUAUCCCUCUUCGGGACCGACGGCGGGAAGAAGGCGAGGAACGUGCUCAUCCUGAUGAGCGACACCGGUGGCGGCCACCGCGCCUCCGCCGAGGCCCUCCGCGACGCCUUCCGUCUCGAGUACGGAGACGCCUACCAGGUGUUCGUCAGGGAUUUGGGGAAAGAGUACGGCGGCUGGCCGCUGAACGACAUGGAGCGGUCGUACAAGUUCAUGAUCCGCCAUGUCCGGCUAUGGAAGGUGGCCUUCCAUGGUACCUCCCCGCGCUGGGUUCACGGCAUUUAUCUCGCCGCACUGGCCUACUUCUACGCCAAUGAGGUGGUGGCCGGGAUCAUGAAGUACAAGCCGGACGUGAUAAUCAGCGUACACCCCCUCAUGCAGCACAUCCCACUAUGGGUGCUCAAGUGGCAGAGCCUCCAGGCCAAGAUUCCGUUCUUCACUGUCAUCACCGACCUCAACACAUGCCACCCAACAUGGUUCCACCAGGGCGUGACAAGGUGCUACUGCCCCUCGGCCGAGGUGGCUAAGAGGGCACUCAUCCGAGGGCUCCAGCCAUCGCAAAUCCGUGUGUACGGCCUGCCGAUCAGGCCGUCCUUCUGCCGCGCCGUGCUCGACAAGGAAGAACUGAGGGAAGAACUUGAUAUGCACCCUGAACUACCUGCCGUUCUGCUGAUGGGAGGCGGCGAGGGGAUGGGUCCAGUGGAGGAGACAGCAAUGGCCCUCGGCGAAGAGCUCUACGAUCACCGGAGACGCCGGCCGGUCGGGCAGAUCGUGGUCGUAUGUGGCCGGAACCAGGCGCUGUGGUCCACCCUGCGGUGCCUGACGUGGAAGGUCCCGGUCAAGAUUAGGCGGUUCGAAAAGCAGAUGGAGAAGUGGAUGGGCGCUUGUGAUUGCAUCAUCACUAAGGCUGGUCCUGGUACAAUUGCAGAAGCCUUGAUCAGAGGGCUUCCAGUUAUUCUCAAUGACUUCAUCCCUGGACAGGAAGUUGGAAACGUGCCUUACGUCGUCGACAACGGCGCCGGCGUGUUCUGCAACGACCCAAUGGAAGCUGCAAGACAAGUUGCCCGAUGGUUCAGCACGGAAGCCGAAGACCUCAAGAUGUACUCACACAACGCGCUCAAGUUAGCGCAGCCGGAAGCAGUGUUCGACAUCAUCAAGGACAUCCACAAGCUCCAGCAGCAACCUGCUGCUUUAACCCGGGUCCCGUACUCCUUGACCUCAUCAUUCUCAUACCAUAUAUGA